CCACGGUUUUGUACCUCGCAAUCAGUGGUGAUCGUGUCGUCGAGCGUCGUAGUCAACGGGCGGUUUACUUGGUCAGUUUUCGUGGUGUUAUGUGGCGACAGGGGAGGAAAAAGGUGUCCUAAGCGCAGAAGAAGACCCUGGAACACAUGCCAUAUGGAAUCGAACCAUAGUGAAAUCAACUGAAACUGUUCCAAUUCUCUAAAAAUAAUACGUUACGUCUGGUAGAUGCAGUUUCGUGAGGUGUAGUCACGGCUGCUAGCAGUUUAACAAUCAAUAACCCUCAACCGGCGCACGAAGCACAUGUGUGUACAUAGUAAUUUAGUAUUGGUUGUUUGAAGUGUGAUUGCAACCGCCAACAGUCAUGGCCGGCGUUUUGUUUCUGGUGCAAAUACCUUCAGCCAGGUACGAGAAAAUUCUGCGCCAGAAGGAGAAGGAAAAGCUGUCCAAAACGAGUACGGCCGAAUUCGAGGACGAAAAAAGUGAAAGUAAACCUACCAACGAUGAAACGAAACCAUUUUUCACGCCGCAACCCCAAAAGCAUCAACUAAUGGCAUCCGACAAACGAAAAGAGGAUCUCCGCCGAAGUUUUCUGGAUCUCACCACGGAUACAAAACCAAAGCUACCGCCACCGCCACCACGAAUCACUCUGAAAGGUGACGGGGAUGACGUGUCGAUCGCCCCAAUCAUCGAUGGUCCUGAGGGCGACGGCCCCGGGAACGAUGACUCCAAAUCCCCGGUAACACCUCAGAACGACAAAAACGCGGAAUUAAAACCUACCCUAGAGGUUCCCUUCGAUCGCACAUCGGCCCUUCGUAAAUCCUGGGAGGGAUUCAAAGAUAUCCUAAGCUCUGCCAGGAAGGACAAGGAGAAAGAUCCCCGCGACCUGGCCGCCGAGAAAUGCAACCUGGAUGGCGAAUCAACGCUGGAGGAUGUGAUGAAAGAGAUUCUGAAGGAGAAGCGCAUAAAUACCGCAGCUUGGGUGGAGACAAAUAGGGGGCGGGGAUAUCAGAUCACUUUCGCUCUAGACUCUGGUGGCAAAUGCGAUGAUGUGAUCUAUAUGUUGAGCUCCUGGGGUAUCGGCGAAAGGUUCAACUCGACGAUUUCGAUCACUUCCUGCACACUGUUCACUGAAGCUCAACCAGAGGAGGACGUCAACUCAGAAACCAACGGCAGUAAAGAUGGUGCAUGGGGGACCUUCUUAUCAUCCGUGAGGGCUCGAUUAAACGUUGCACAAAUCGUGGAAGAGGUGAAACACGAUGCCUCAAUAACGUUUGACUUUGUUUCGAUGCUUUGUGUCGCUAGUAUUCUGGCUGCGUUCGGUUUGAUUGAAGACAGCACCCUGUUCCUGAUCGCAAGCAUGCUGAUAUCGCCGCUGAUGGGUCCAAUCAUUGCGGGUAUUUUCGGAACGGUCAUCAAGGAAAGAAGUCUCCAGUUGAUGGGACUGAAAAAUGAAAUGAUUGGAAUCUCAUUGACCAUAUCGGUUGGAUUUAUUUUCGGGCUGAUUGUAUGCAGUCUGGACGAUCGGUAUGGCGUGGGCGAAGGGAUCACCAAUGAAAUGUUAAGUCGGUGUGAGGUGCACUCACUGCUGGUCGGAAUAGCUAUAGCGUUGCCAUCGGGUGCAGCUGUAGCCAUUGCUAUCCUCGGCGAAAACAUUGGCUCACUGGUAGGAGUGGCCAUAUCGGCUUCCCUCUUGCCACCAGCUGUGAACGCAGGCGUUCUGUGGGCACUUUCUUGUUUGAGUUUUAUGUUCGGAUUUCAGGAUAAACGCUACAGUGCCGUCGUCAAAACUAAUUUCUACUCCGAAAACCAAACGAUAGAGUUGUUUGCACUUGGCUGCAUGAGUAUGUGUCUCACGCUGCUCAACGUCGUAUGCAUCUAUCUGAUGGGAGUGAUUUUCCUCAAGAUCAAAGAAGUGGCUCCGAUUGUUCCGAAAGAUCAGAAGCAAUUCUGGAGACAUGACAUCAAAAUUGCCCGCGAUUACAAUAAGACUUUACACACCACUGAUAGUAUAACUAUGAGCAGGCAAUUGAUCAACGAGUUGACUGCGUUACAUAAUCAGGAUUCGGAUAGCCAGAAAUACGGAUCCGACCGGUGGAGCAUUAGCAAGGCAAAUCAAAACACCUGGUCUCCUAGGCACAAUUAUCAUCAAAGAGAUCACAGGCCCACCAUUCAAGAGCUGGAAGCUUUGUAUCUAAGCUUGUCGGCUAACACCAGCGAAAGUCAAUUCCACUAUUCCGCCCAUCAUGGUGGAAAUCCAAUGAUGAAACUUCCCGGCCACAUUCGUACAAAGCCAUGGUCACCGCCCAAGUUCGACACUUCGCAGCCUUCAUCGCCGACGCACCGUAGGCGCCACGGAUCGAUCACCUCGAAUCCCGUGGAUAUUGGUUUCCGGCGCCAUCAGCGGUUCGGUGAGUCGCUCCGCGGCACCUCAGCCCCGCUGUCCAAAAUCCUAGAAAAUGUAGCCAGCGCACACGGCGGAGUUGGCGGCGAACUGCAAGGCGAAGGACCCUCCCGGAAGCCUUUCAAGUACAGCUUGAGAUCGAAAAAGUUCGUCGUGACUCCAGCAGCACACGAUCCUAUGAAAAAAUAAAUGAAGGCUGUUCUUCCGUCCGAAUAAUUCUUCUGCGAAGAUUUAUGUUUCUGUGUAGUAUUUUACGCAUUGUUAAUAUUUUUUGUUCUGUUUGUAUAUUAUAAGAAGGUAGUUUUUAAAAUUUGCCCGGCGAAUAAAAAUGUGCCGUUGAAACCCGA